UCUUUUUUAAAUUGUAUGCGUUGCAAAUAAGGUAACAGUGAAUAAGCUAAGACGACCCAAGUGCGACAAUGUUCGCAACAGAUUCUCCAACCUUGAAGACCCUGCGGAACGCCCUGCCCCGUGUAAAUCUGUACUUUGUCUAUAAAAAUGGCUACUCCAAAGAAGUCAAAAACAAGCCGAUACGAACGUUACUGGUGGCAAAUCGAGGCGAGAUAGCGAUACGUAUAUUCCGGGCCUGCACCGAGCUCGGAAUCAAGUCGGUAGCCAUUUACUCGGAGCAGGAUAAAAUGCAUAUGCAUCGGCAAAAGGCCGACGAGUCGUAUCUGGUGGGCAAAGGCCUGGCUCCAGUGGAAGCGUACUUAAACAUUCCCGAGAUCAUACGAAUCUGUAAGGAGCACGAUGUUGAUGCAGUGCAUCCGGGCUAUGGCUUUCUCUCAGAGCGCAGCGAUUUCGCCCAAGCCGUUAUUGAUGCUGGCCUCGUAUUCAUUGGCCCAUCGCCGAAGGUGGUGGCAAACAUGGGUGACAAGAUGGCUGCCCGAAAAGCGGCCAUCGAGGCUGGUGUACCCGUUGUGCCCGGCACAGAUGGACCAGUUACAACCACAGAGGAAGCACUCGCCUUCUGUGACAAGCACGAACUGCCGGUCAUCUUUAAGGCAGCUUACGGCGGAGGUGGUCGUGGCAUGCGAGUGGUUAGGAAAAAGGACGAAAUCGAGGAGAACUUUAAUCGGGCCUCUUCCGAGGCGAAGGCAGCCUUUGGCAACGGUGCGAUCUUCAUAGAGAAAUACAUCGAUCGACCCCGUCACAUUGAGGUUCAACUGUUGGGUGACAAGGCCGGCAAUAUUGUGCAUUUAUAUGAACGCGACUGUUCCAUCCAGCGCCGUCAUCAGAAGGUUGUGGAAAUUGCCCCAGCUCCACGCCUCCCCGUCGAGGUUAGAGACAAGAUGACUGAGGCGGCCGUAAAACUGGGCAAGCACGUCGGAUAUGAGAAUGCCGGCACUGUUGAGUACGUUUGCGAUGAAUCUGGAGGAUUCUACUUCAUUGAAGUGAACGCUCGAUUGCAAGUAGAGCAUACCGUGACAGAGGAGAUCACCGGCAUCGAUCUAGUACAGUCUCAAAUCAAAAUUGCGGAAGGAAAGACCCUGGAGGAAUUGGGACUCGCCCAGGAAAAGAUUGUAACACUUGGCUAUGCCAUACAGUGUCGGGUAACGACAGAGGAUCCGGCAGCCGAUUUCCAGCCCAGCACGGGACGCAUUGAAGUAUUCCGGUCGGGUGAAGGUAUGGGUAUACGUCUGGACAGCGCUUCGACCUUUGCCGGCGCCAUCGUCUCACCCUACUAUGACUCUCUCCUGGUCAAGGUGAUAUCCCAUUCCAGAGAUAUGCCAAGCUCAGUCGCUAAAAUGAAACGAGCACUGCGUGAAUUCCGUAUCCGAGGUCUGAAGACGAAUAUUCCGUUCCUCCUCAAUGUGCUCGACAACAAGAGGUUCCUGCAUGGUGUACUAGAUACUCAUUUCAUUGAUGAGCAUCCGGAACUCUUCAAAUAUCAGCCCUCGCGAAAUCGAGCCCAGAAAUUACUAAACUACCUAGGCGAGGUGUUGGUCAAUGGAGCCCAAACUCCAUUGGGCACAACGUUAGCACCUGCCGAUAUAAAUCCGCAUGUGCCCGAAAUUCCAAUAGAUCUUACCAAAAAAUCGAUAGAUCGAGAAAAAGAUGGUGGGCCAAAAGUGACGGCACCGCCGGAAGGAUUGCGCAACUUUCUCGUUUGUGAAGGACCCGCGGCGUUUGCCAAGGAGGUGCGAUCGCGAAAGAAUCUAAUGCUGAUGGACACCACUUUCCGCGAUGCACAUCAGUCAUUGCUGGCGACUCGAGUACGCACCCAUGAUCUGCUGAAGAUAUCACCGUAUGUGGCGCACAAGUUCCACAAUCUAUACUCCCUGGAGAACUGGGGUGGUGCCACUUUUGAUGUGGCUCUUCGUUUCCUGCACGAGUGCCCAUGGGAACGUUUGGAGAAUAUGCGCAAACUGAUUCCCAAUAUACCAUUCCAAAUGUUGUUGCGUGGCGCCAAUGCUGUUGGCUACACCAGCUAUCCGGACAAUGUGGUCUACAAGUUCUGCGAACUGGCGGUGAAAAGUGGCAUGGAUAUCUUUCGAGUAUUUGACUCACUCAACUAUUUGCCAAACUUGAUUCUCGGCAUGGAGGCAGCGGGUAAAGCUGGUGGAGUCGUCGAAGCGGCCAUCUCCUACACGGGUGAUGUGAGUGACCCCAAACGCACUAAGUACAAUCUUAAGUAUUAUAUCGAAUUGGCCGAUGAGUUGGUAAAGGUUGGCACCCAUAUCCUCUGCAUCAAAGACAUGGCGGGUCUGCUGAAACCAGAGGCAGCAAGGAUGCUGGUUUGUGCCAUCCGAGAGAAGCAUCCCGAUGUCCCAAUUCAUGUUCACACACACGACACAUCGGGUGCCGGUGUUGCUGCUAUGCUGGCUGCCGCACAAGCCGGAGCAGAUAUUGUCGACGUGGCCGUAGACUCCAUGUCCGGAUUGACGUCGCAACCAAGCAUGGGUGCCGUGGUUGCCUCACUGCAGGGCACUCCCUUGGACACAGGAAUAGUUUUGGCGGACGUCUCCGCAUAUUCGGCAUACUGGGAACAGACUCGCACCCUUUACGGACCAUUCGAAUGCACGACCACGAUGCGAACGGGCAAUGCGGAUGUCUAUUCGAACGAGAUACCCGGUGGCCAAUAUACCAAUUUGCAAUUCCAAUCGUUCUCUUUGGGCCUCGGCGACAUGUUCGAGGAUGUGAAGAAGGCCUACCGUGAGGCCAAUUUUCUGCUGGGUGAUAUUAUAAAGGUCACCCCGUCGUCCAAAGUUGUUGGUGACCUGGCCCAGUUUAUGGUACAAAAUAAGCUCAGUGGUGAAGAGGUGGUGAAAAGAGCGUCGGAGCUGUCGUUUCCCCAAUCCGUAAUUGAGUACCUUCAGGGCUAUAUGGGAAUUCCAUACGGUGGCUUUCCCGAACCAUUCCGUUCCGAUAUUCUAAAGGAUAUGCCACGCAUUGAUGAGCGACCAGGUGCUAAUCUAAAGGCACUGGAUUUUGACAAACUGGCGGAGGAACUCACGAAAACCUUUGGAAAAAUCAGUGAAAGAGAUGUCAUGUCGUCCGCUCUUUAUCCGCAAGUGACCACACAUUAUAUGAAUCACCGUGAUAAAUUCGGUCCAGUUGAUAAACUGGACACACGCAUAUUCCUUACCGGGCCCAAGAUAGGCGAAGAGUUCGAUGUAACCCUGGAGAAAGGCAAGACCCUAAGUAUUAGGGCCCUAGCUGUGACCGAUGAUCUCAAAGGAAAUGGCAGACGCGAGGUGUUCUUCGAAAUGAACGGCCAACUGCGCUCCGUUCUCAUUCCAGAUAAAGAGGCCAUGAAGAAAAUCCAUAUACAUCCUAAAGCGAAUAAGGCAGUGAAAGGUGAAGUGGGCUCGCCGAUGCCGGGCAAUGUGGUCGACAUACGCGUCAAGGAAGGCGACAAGGUUGAAAAGGGUCAGCCCCUAGUCGUUUUGUCGGCCAUGAAAAUGGAGAUGGUUGUUCAGUCGCCAAGUGCGGGCAUCGUCAAGAAAUUGGCGGUCACAAAAGACAUGAAAUUAGAGGGUGAUGAUCUGAUUCUGAUCCUUGAAUGAGCAAACACUAGGAAUUCCCAAAAUCAUUUUAUCCAGUUGCACAAACAAUUAGGAAAUUUUCAUAUUUCAAAUGCAAUUCGAGCACAAUUGUAUAUGCAUCCUUGUAUUCAUCAAAAUAUCAGAAUCAUAAUUAUUUUA